AUGGUCAACUCCUGUUGUGGCUCCAUCUGCUCUGGCCAGGGCUGUGGCCAAGAGAACUGCUGCUGUCCUACCUGCUGCCAGACCACCUGCUGCAGGACCACCUGCUGCCGCCCCAGCUGCUGUGGUUCCAGCUGCUGUCGCCCCAGCUGCUGCAUCUCCAGCUGCUGCCGCCCCUCCUGCUGUGGUUCCAGCUGCUGCCGUCCCUCUUGCUGUGGAUCUAGCUGCUGUGGUUCCAGCUGCUGUCGCCCCAGCUGCUGCAUCUCCAGCUGCUGCCGCCCCUCCUGCUGUGGUUCCAGCUGCUGCCGACCCACCUGCUGCCAGACCACCUGCUGCAGGACUACCUGCUGCCGCCCCAGCUGCUGUGGUUCCAGCUGCUGCCGUCCCUCUUGCUGUGGAUCUAGCUGCUGUGGUUCUGGCUGCUGCCGUCCGUCUUGCUGUGGUUCUAGUUGCUGUGGUUCUGGCUGUUGCCGCCCCACCUGCUGCCAGACCACCUGCUGCAGGACCCAGUGCUACCGCCCCAGCUGCUGUGUGUAG